GGUGGUAAAUUGGCCGGAAUGACACCCGAACAACAAAGAGAGCAAUUUAUUCGUGGCUUAAAUCCUAUGAACCAAUAUAAUAUUCGAAUGAUAGCUAAAUUUGAGGAUACUCAGAAAAAUAUCACAAAAGCCUUAGCUGAAGCAGAAAAAUUUACACUUUCUCAAAGAAAUACACUAUCUUCUCUUCCUACUAUGUUUCGAGCGACUAAAACUCUAGAUAAUAGUAAAAAAUCAUCUAAGAAAAGAGCGGAAGAUAUUGGCAUUAAUCGCUUUUUGAGUGACUUACUAAGAAAAAAUCUAGGUAAACACCCUGCUGAUGAAUAUAAUCAUGAUCCUAUAGAAGAUAUUUCAGAUAGUUUAACAGGAUUAACAUUAAAUAGUGUUAUAAAAACUGCUAAAUCGUCUCUUAAAAAGUCAUCUAAAACUUUAUUAGAGGAAACUAUUUGUAAAGUUCUCCAAAGUGAACUUAAAUUAAUUUUUCCUGAUCAUUUUUCCCAAGACCCUAUUAAAGCUAAUAUACCAAAUCAAGCACCUCUAAUCCAGGAAAAGAUAGAAUCUCAAAGCAAUACUUCUCCAAUUACCAAG